AUGGAAAAGAAGGUGGGUAUAGGGGUUGUAAUUAGAGAUGAAGAUGGGGAGUUUUUAGUGGCUGUGGAAGGACAGAAGCUCAAUGUUGAUCAACCUAUUGUAGCAGAGGCUUAUGCUUUGUGGAAGGCUAUAGAUGUGUGCAGAGAACUUCGCCUGGUUAAGGUGCUGUUUGAAGGGGAUGCUCAAGUGGUUGUUAAUGCAGUUAACUCGGCAACUGAAGAUCUUUCCUUCUAUGGUAGCUUAAUCGAAGACAUGAAAAUGUUACUGAAGCAAAGGACUGAGUGGACAGUACAGUAUACUCACAGAACUAACAAUGAAGCCGCCCAUUUAUUAGCAAAGGAAAGCUUAUCUAUACAGAUUGAUUUCGCUUGGUUCGAAGAUAUACCUGAUUGUAUUCAAAGAAUUGUAGAAAGUGAGAGUUUAUGUAAUCACCAGUGA